UUAAUUAUAUAAUUACCGAGAGAUCAAGAAAUGAUCAAUAGCUGUACGAUAGAAAAAGAAGAGCCUGAGCCUGACAAGCAACCACCAGAUAAAUUCAAAAUUCCAAAGCCUAAGGCUAAUCCUAGGAGUGCUUUCCAGAGUGUUCCUAAAAGAACGACUCCUCCAGAGCGAGGCGAUGCUUCUAGCUUGAACAAGAGUGGUUGCAAGAAACCCUCAACUUAUGACUAUAUUUUAAUGAAGGCUUUGAGAAAUCCGAGUGAUAUUACCCCUAAUGAAAAGAUGAUUAUUGCUAAUCAUCCAGUUAUAGCUGAUCUGAUCGAGCAAACUAAUGGCAAGAAGGAGAAAAUGAGCUGCUACAUUAACAUUGAUACUAUCUUUAAUUACCAAUAUUGCCAUAGCGCUGAAAUCCCUGUUCUGUAUGACUCCCGUGAAAAGUGAUCUUUUUAAUCAAGAACAGGUGCUCCAGUACACUGCUCCCCAUGACGCGGAGAGACUUAGUGACAGCACCAAGGGAUACUCCGAUUAUUAUAACUUUGAAGAGGAAGACCAGAAGACCAUUGGUAAGUACACCUUGAGGGAGAGGAAGGAGAAAAUCCGGAAGUAUAAACUCAAACUCCAAAAGUACAAACUAGGUCUUUCAAAAAUUUCUCAUAAGUAUAAGCAAAGGAGUGUCAUUGCAAAAACUAGACCUCGCGUUAGGGGCAAGUUUGCGAAGAACAGUCAAUCAGCAGAUAUGACUGCUCAUUAGAAGGUUAUAUCACAAUCUUUCUAAUGAUUAGUGGAUGUAAUUUCUCUAGGU